GAAAAACAUUUAACAAACAUGGGGAUUAUCGGCGAAACUUGAUMUCACCCGUAGAGCCCUUAUAAAUGCAUAUGACUGAGAGAUUUAUUUAGCUUCCAAAAAUAAGAAGACAAACAAAUCACGCUUUAUCGAUGGCAACAAUUUUACAGGUAAUUUCAAAGAUGGAAUUUUAAUAAUUUAUCACGUGUCAUGGUUCGUCAUGACCUCUUUAAAUGCUAGCAAUAAAUAAGAAGUUAUYAUCGUCUCGAAGGAAUGAAUGAAAUGUUGAUUUGGAUCAAAAAUGAUUUUAUCGUAUGCUUUGUCAAUUACAAUAAGUGACUGUAUAAACAGCAGACCACGAAAACCGGUGAAGCUGUAUGAGGAAUUCUUGAAAGAAAGAAAMUCUCGGGAAAGACUAUGAACAACUCUACUGCGUCCACACUCCAUUAUCCAGCAGUUUCGCCCUACAGUAAUCUGGGAUGGUCUGCCGCUUUUGGUGUUGAGGCUGUUGUAAUCGCAGUGGGUAAUGGGAUAUCAAUACUUGCUUUAAUUUACAUGAAAUCACCAAGGAAAUUGAGGAGAUGGUUUCUACUAAGCCUAAGUAUCGCUGACAUGUUCGUGGGCGCCUUAUCCCUUCCCAUGUAUGUGUAUUUACUGACCGUCCAAACGAGGCUAAAGUCAAUGUGGUUUGUAUACAACACGGUUGAUAUCUUUACUGGGCUAGCAUCGGUAUUCACACUGACAGUGAUAUCAAUGGAAAGAUUGUAUGCCGUCCUCAUGCCUUUUACACAUCGAUACACCAGACGAAUCUAUUAUAUGAUUGUCAUUGGGGGACUUUGGUGUCUGGCCGCAUUGAUUUCUGGUGUAUUUUGGCUAACUAUGGUAUAUCAUCUGCUUCCUAAGGAAUUAUUUAUUUAUCCCAUGACAAUAGUAUCAUUUGCAUCAGUUGGAAUCAUCUCUGUGGUGUACGUCACAGUCUGGAUCAAAAUCAAGUUUUUUGUCAGUAAAAGGAGCAAUGCAAAGUUACUUGGACCUGGUGAAGAAAAGAACAUCUUUUUUGCUAUAGGAAUAGUGACAGUUGUAUUUGUGUGUACAUGGCUACCUUUCAACAUUAUGAACCUGAUGGCAAACUUCCAUCACAAAGUGAUUUCUGACCUACCAUAUGACAGCAUCUAUUUUGUUAAAUUUCUUCACUACUGUAAUAGUUUUAUCAAUCCUGUAGUCUACACACUUAAGAUCCCUGAAUUUCGUCGAUCAAUUUACAGAUUAUUUCACGUGCAGAGCAGCCAUAGCUGCCCACGUGGUCUCACCAGGGAAACAAGAGUAUGAAGGUGACAUAACUAUUACUAUCUAUCCAGUGCCCGCAAUACCAUGGUAUCUGACAGCUUGUUUUAUACACGCCUCCUGCCAUGCCAUGCGCAGUUAUGGUUCUAUUCACUAUUUUACUAAUAUAUUCAGUGUUGCCGGAAAACUGCAAUAAACUCGCCUCAACAUGAAAACCGGUAUACAUGACAAUUGUUGGAAAAGUUCAUUGUUUAGUUCCUCUGUUGUAAUUUAAAAAUAAGUAUUAUGUUUUGCGAUUUUACUUUGGCAGAUUAAAUUUGUUAUGUGAUCAUGUAAAUAUAACAGUUAAAAAWAUACUCAGCAAUAAAUAAACUCUUAACUUUGCGGAAAAAAAUGUUUCCGAUCUUACCUUGCGGAUCUACCAGAUACUGAAACUACUGAGACUGAAACAU